GCGAACUACUCCACAUGGCUGCCUCCAUCACGUGACCACACGUGCUUUUCUCUAGGCUGCUCGUCAGGAUGGUGAACGUAAUGAAAGGGAUUUUAGUGGAAUGUGAUCCUUCGAUGAGGCAGUUUCUCCUACAUCUGGACGAAAAGUUGGCUUUGGGAAAGAAGUUUAUCAUUCAGGACCUGGACGAUACCCAUCUGUUCAUUUCGGCGGACAUUAUCGAGGAACUGAAAGCCAAAAUCGACGAUCUCAUGGAUCGAAUCAGUUUUCCCCUUGCUGAGAAAGCCUUUUAACUGCAUAGAGGAUGUCGAAGACGAAAUCAGGAGAUGUGAUGUUUGGCCAGGUUGUCAUUGGGCCUCCUGGAAGCGGAAAGACGACAUACUGCAAGGCCAUGAAAGAUUUCCUGGAGAAGCUAGGUCGAAAAGUCACAGUUGUGAAUUAUGAUCCAGCCAAUGACCAGGUGCCGUAUGAGGCAGGGAUCUCAAUAUCAGAGUUGGUGACUGUGGAGGAUGUGAUGGAGAAUCUUCACCUUGGUCCCAAUGGAGGGCUUGUCUAUGCCAUGGAUUAUGCUGAGAUGAAUUCUGAUUGGCUUUUGGAGAAGCUGAAUUCCUUCCCAGGCCACUACUUUCUCUUUGACUUCCCUGGCCAGGUGGAGCUCUACACACAUCAGGAUUCAGUCAAGAAGCUCCUUCGCAAGUUGGAGAAAGCUGAAGUUCGCCUCUGUGCUGUUCAUCUUGUCGAUUCACACUACUGUUCUGAUGCAGGGAAGUUUAUUGCUGUGCUCCUCACUUCCCUGUCCACAAUGCUUCAACUGGAACUUCCCCAUGUGAAUGUCCUGUCCAAAGUUGCCCUUGCUGAGAAGUAUGGGAGGCUCCAGUUCAACCUGGACUUUUACACUGAUGUCCUAGAUCUCCAGUAUCUACUAGAAUGCCUCCAGGAUGACCCUUUUGUGCACAAAUACAGCCAGUUGAAUGCUGCUCUGGUGGAUCUGAUAGAGAACUACAGCUUAGUCUCUUUUCUCCCAAUGGAUGUGAGUGACAUCGAGAGUCUGGUGAAAGUGCGUGCCGCUGUUGACAAGGCCAAUGGAUAUGUGUUCCAUUCUGCUGAAGAGCAGAACAUUCAAAGUCUGCUCUCCUGUGCCAUGAGUUCCGAAUUCGAGCAUGAACGCACCGGCAUCAUUAGUGAGAAGUUCCUCAGUGAUGACCAUAACUUGUGAUGCUGUGAAUAAAUUCCAUUCCUCAAUUGCAU